GAUCGGGAUGAAAGACAACACAAUUCAGGAUACCUUUAAACUAUAAGUAGAAACAGUAGUUUACGAGGAAUAUGUACUGGGAUAACAUCCAUAAAACUAUCGAGAGAGACUUAGACAAAGAUUCUAUAAAGAUGGAGAUGUACCAAGCUGGACAUUACACAGACUUCAGAACACAAGAAGUUCCUGCUGGUUUUGACUUUGCAGCAUAUGACUACAAUGGUGAAGACCUGUCUUUUCUGUUAGACAGUAAAGGACCUGGGCAGCAGCAGUACCUGGACAGCUACCGAGAGCCACAAAAACAAAAAUGCCUACAUGAUAUCAAAGUAAACACCAAUGACUCUGUACUGUUCAACCUGGAUUCAUACCCAGAAUUAAGCUGUUGGGCGUCAAACCCACGUGAUGCGGUGACUUUGGACCAUUCCACUCAGACCUACCACAGUCUAAUGCCCCAGAAAGGACAAUUGAGCCCAGGCAUAGAUGACGCCAGCAGCCCUUUCUUGCAGAGUAAAGACACCAACCACAGAGGAAUCACUAGCACUGUCAGCCUAGACCAUCUUGGUGAAGUAGUCCAGAGUUAUGGUCACAACCUAGGUGAGCUGUAUGACUUGGAAGAACAAAGAUCUUCCUCUUUCUGGCCUGAAUAUCCUACGCUUGGCUACACAGCCCCCAUGCCACACCCAACUGCUUCAAAAGCUGGAUCCCAGUCACCAGAGCAGUACUGCCCUCGUGUGGCUAAACGCAAAAGUACACACUCCCAAAGACCAGCGAGAGAAGGACAGAUGGUGGGCAUGUCAACUUAUCCAGGAUCUGGCCCUAUCCUGUUGUGGCAGUUCCUUUUGGAGCUUCUGCUCGACUCUGCCUGUCAUAGCUUUAUCUCCUGGACUGGAGACGGCUGGGAGUUCAAGAUGUCUGACCCAGCAGAGGUGGCUAAACGUUGGGGCCAGUGCAAGAACAAGCCCAAGAUGAACUACGAGAAGUUGAGUCGUGGUCUACGCUACUACUACCACAAGAACAUCAUCCACAAGACGGCAGGAAAACGCUAUGUGUACCGCUUUGUCUGCGAUGUGCAGGGUAUGGUGGGGAAGACUGCACAGGAGGUCCUUGACAGCCUGAACAUUAUAUCUACAGGCAUAGAGUCCUCUUGGCAGUGCCCGGAUGUGACACCAACAUCCCCAGAACAGAGCAAUGACACAUGGGCAGUAUAGUAGUGGACAAGCUUUUAAAGGUUUGUUGUGGCCACAUCAGGGAAGACCUUCUCCGCCUAUUGGCCAAUGACUCUACAACCUCUGAUUUAAUCAAUUGUCAAUGCAAUGUUGUUGAAUGCAUUAACUGAUGUUAGUUAUUGAUGUGAAAUUGGAAACAUUAUUUUCUUGAGAGGCAGGUUAUUUAAAUUUAGCACUAUGCAAUAUAUUAGCCUAAAGCUAUACUUUGUUUUGUAAAAAUGUUUUACUCUGAUUUGAGUAGUGAUAGUUUGUAAAUGGAAAUAUUUUUCUACAUAUACAUUUACAUAUAGACUAAAUAAAAUGACAAUGUGAUUGAAUAAAAAAUAAUCUGUCUAUUCUGUUCAGCUACAAACUGUUUUGG